CUUCAGAUCAUUUAGUCAGAUAAAGACAGAGACACUCUGGAUGACAAAAACAAACUGCAAGAGACAAAAUGGAAUCAGAACAUGAAGGUGAAUCACAGGAUCUGAGGCUUGUGCUGCUGGGAGUCUCUGGUGCUGGAAAGAGUGCAAUAGGAAAUGCAAUACUGGGUCGAGAGGCAUUUAAAGAGAGCACAACCAGAAAUAGUGAGUUACAGACAGAAAGAGUAAAAGACAGAAAUAUCUCCAUCAUCGACACUCCAGGAUUCUUCAACACUCAGCUGACUGAUGAAGAGAUGAAGAAUGAAAUGAUGAGGAGUAUGUAUCUCUCUCAUCCUGGUCCACACGUGUUCCUGCUUGUCAUCAACCUGGAAAACUUUGAGGAGGAGCAGAGGAACAUUGUGGGAAAGACUAAGGAAAUCUUUGGAGCUCAAGCUUUUAAAUACACCAUGGUUCUGGUCACUGGAAGAGAACAAAUGUCAAGGAGAGAAUGGAUGCUCUUUAUACUUGAUUCAAAAUUUCGAGAGCUGAUCAGUCACUGCAGAGAUAAUUAUCAUGCACUUAACAGUAAAAAUGAGAUAAAUCAAACUCAAAUCACAGAGCUUCUGCAGAAGAUUGAUGAAACCAUCAAACAGAAUAAUCAUCAGCAUUACAAAAUUGAGAUUUACUCAGUGUCUCGAAAAAAGAGCAUAAGAAUAAAGAAAAAUCAAGAGGAAGAAAAGACUGACAAAAGAAAAGAGACAGAAAUGAAACAACAGCAAGCAAAAUCAGCUCCAGAUAUUUUCACAACCCGCAAUGUAAAGGAAGAGAGAACGACACACACUGUCACUGAACAAGAAAAUGAAAGCAUAAGAGGAAAGAAAACAGGGGAAGAAUAUACAUACAGCGAAACAAAGCAAAGUAAAGAGAAAAGACAAGAACUAGCAAAAAUAGGAGAGUUUUUUGAAAUGGAAAGUACAAUGGAAGGGAGAUCAGCAAAUACUGUUAUUAAAAAGAAAGAGAGUUUUGUUCCUUAUGUCAGAGAAACAAUGAGAACAACUCACAUAUAUGAAAACCUGGACCAGAGCUCAUUAGACAGAUUCGAGGAUUUCUCUAAUGAUGGAAUGAGAGGCAAAAAAGUAGUCAAGCCACCGGAAAAAAACUGGGGAAUGAGUAAAAAGACAACCUACCAGAUACUAUCAGACGACGAUCUCAGGAUUGUGCUGGUGGGUAAAACUGGCACUGGAAAGAGUGCGACAGGAAACACCAUACUGAGAGGAAAGGCAUUUAAGGAAGAAUUUUCUUCUGAAUCUGUGACUGAGAAAUGCAAGAAACAUCAGAGGAUAGUGGAUUGUCGAAACAUCUCAGUGAUCGACACUCCAGGACUGUAUGAUACACAAAUCAGUGAAUGGAAACUGAAGAAAGAAAUACGGAGAUGUAUAGAAAAGUCUGUUCCCGGUCCUCAUGUGUUCCUGCUGGUCAUCAGACUGGACGCGAGAUUCACAGAAGAGGAGAAAAACACAGUGAAAUGGAUUCAGGAAAACUUUGGAGAAGAAGCUUCACAUUACACCAUCAUUCUGUUCACUAGAGGAGAUCAGCUACACAAGUCUAUAGAGAAGUUUCUCAUCAAAAACAAGCAGAUUAAUGAGCUAGUUAGACAGUGUGGAGGCAGGUAUCACGUAUUUAAUAACAAUGAUACAAAUCCAGCCCAGGCUACUGAACUGUUCAAGAAAAUAGACAUAAUGGUGAUGAAGAAUGGAGGAGAGCAUUACACAAAUGAGAUGUACAAGAAAGCUCAGAAAAAGAUAAGGAUGAAAAAGGUUGAAGAGACAGCUUUAGUGGGAGCGAGUGUGGCAGGUGUAGGAGCAGCAUUCGCAGGAGGUGCAGCAUUAGUUGCUGCUACUGGAGGAGUGGCUCUGCCUGCAGUUUUAAUGGCAGGAGGAGCAGCUCUAACAGGAGGAUCAAGUGCUAAAGUUAUUGCAGGUAAAUUGAAAUAUAUCAAGGAAAAGAGAAGAAGUUCCAAGGAAAAGAGAAGAAAUUCCAUGCAUGAGGACUUGAGUUUUUCUGAAAAUGAGUGGGAAAGUUCAUAA